AUGACACACUAUUCUGUGAAACAAGUGUAUGGCAAACUAACUGGUGAUAAACCUCAUAUUCAGUGGGAUAAGGUGGUCUGGAAUAGAUUGAAUGUGCCAAAGCAUAUGUUUAUUUGUUGGCUGGCUAUGCAAGGUAGAUUGCAGACUACAGCCAAUCUAGCAAAACUAGGGAUUAGCACUUCUGCUGAGUGUUUAAUAUGCAAGCAAGGUGAUGAAGUUCAUGAGCACCUACUUUUCAACUGUCAAUACAGUCUGCUGUGUCUGCAAGGGGUGGCAACUCUGGUAUAUCUGAUCUGGAAAAGCAGAAAUCAAAGUUUCUGGGAAAACUCUGUGCCAGCAGUGCAUUCUGUUAUGGGGAGUUUGAAGCAUAUUGUGAGAGAUAGGAUCACAGUAGUCAUGAGUCAGAAAUUAGUUGUGUUUUGA